GAAGCAAUCAAGUGGCCAGAGCUGAACACUCAUGGCUCUGAUGUUCACGCGUUGCCAACCAAUUCUACGGGCCGGUCAGGUUUCGGUGCAGAGAAUGAAUCCGAGGUGAACCUCGCACGCGCAUCCAGUCCCGGUGGAUACGCCCAUUCCGUAGCUGCCAACUCACUUCCUGAAACCUAUACAAAUUCACCAGAUCCAUACGCCGUCCCUCCCCUCCCGCACCUCAACCCCAACCAACCCUACCACGACGACGCCGGGACCUACGACCAGCCAGGCUACUACGAUCCCUAUCGUGGCCCCGUGCCCAAUACAUUUGGUGACGGUUUCUCAGAUGGCCAUAAUACAGAGGCUAUCCAGAUGACGCGGAUGGCCCGGACCAGGAGUCCAGGUCCACAGAUAGGAUAUGAUGUGCAAGGUCGCGCGUCCCCUGGUCCGCAGGCGGCCAUGGGAUAUGCACUUGAUGGGCGACCGGCAAGUCCCGCCAUCGGUGGUGGUAGGGUAUCGCCAGGCCCGCAAGCCGCAUAUGGGUACGGGCCGCGGUGA